CUUCACAUCUCCAUCUCAACCUUAAUUUCACAAACUAUAUAUAAAACCAGUCUCCCUAAUUCACUUUCAUCAGCCAAAGUUUCUUUGCUUUGCUUUAGUUUUUGUCUUGUCUCUCCGGCCACAUUUGUGUGUACUUGUGUUGGUUUUGUGUCAUGGAGCUUCAACUGGGUUUGGCUCUGUCACUUCCGGUUCAUCACAACGCUCCUGUCAAAGGGUUUGAUGUAACCGGUCGUCAUGGGGUGAUGCGUAGUUUGGAUAUAUGGAGCUAUGGAUGCAGCAUGGAGAGGAAAAAGAAGCGCAUUUUCGACACCGCUUUCGAGGACGAUGAUGAGUCUAAGACGUUGCCUUUGUUGUUGUGGCAUGGCCAGCCGGGUGAGGAAGACGAUGAUGGCAAGAGGCAGAAGAAAAGAGACUUUUGCAGCUUCAUUGAUGCCAAAGAUGGAGAAGGAGACCAAGUAGUUGGGUGGCCACCAAUUAAGUCAUGGAGGAAAAAGAUGCUUUUUUCUGAUCAUGAUCAACACCAUGGUCAUGGCCAUGCCCACCAUAAUUUCCAAAAUCAUCAGAAUCUUGUGGAAAAGGAAGAUGAUGGGUCAGAAAAUUCCAUGUACGUAAAGGUCAAGAUGGAAGGAGUGGGAAUUCUGAGGAAGAUAGAUAUAAAGCUGCAUCACUCUUAUCAGACACUUAGAGACUCCUUGAUAACCAUGUUUGCUAAAUGCAAAGAAUGUGAGAAUGAGGAUACUGCAGAUUUUACAGUGACUUAUCAGGACAUGCAUGGACAUUGGUUGCUUGCAGGAGAUGUUCCCUGGCAAACCUUCGUCGGGUCUGUGCAGCGCCUGGAGAUUAUAAGGAAUGGAAAUGAUGUCAGUGCAGGAAUUGAGACAGUGAUGACAAAACGUCGUCGUCGGUGUUCUUGUCUCGGUGGCAGUUUGCUUUUAGUGCUCAAGGAAACUGUUAAAGCUGAAAAACAAGGUACUGUGCUCAUGACGUUGCUGCUGCAAAUGGAGCUCUGGAGUGCUUUGUCUCUGCUUCUUCUUUGUGCAUUCCAGCUAGUUUAUGCACAAAGAACCACUGCCCCUGAUGAAGUUACUGCUCUCAAUAAGGUAUUAGAACACUGGAACUUGGCAAAUCACUUGAAUCUUACAAUUGACCCCUGCACUGAAAAUGCAACAUGGGCAUCUGAAACUGCGAAUCCUCGUGUGGCUUGUGAUUGCACAGGCAGCACCUGCCAUAUUACUCACCUGAAGAUAUAUGCAUUGGACAUAGUUGGUGAUCUACCCGGAGAGCUGUUUGAACUAAAGCAGCUAAUAGACUUGAAUCUUGGUCAGAAUGUAUUAAGCGGGCGCAUUCCUCCUGAAAUCGGACUUUUAUCCAACAUGCAGUACCUUAGCUUAGGCAUAAACAAUCUGUCAGGUCCAGUUCCACCAGAGCUUGGCAAGUUGACCAAAUUGGUUGAGCUAAGUUUUAGCUCAAACGAGUUCUCUGGACCAUUGCCCGUAGAGCUUGGAAAACUGACCUCCUUGCAGCAGUUGUACAUAGACAGCAGUGGAGUGACUGGACCAAUUCCACAGGAGUUUUCAAGCUUAAAAUCCCUUCAAACUUUCUGGGCAUCUGAUAAUUUCUUCACUGGAAAGCUCCCAGAGUUCUUAGGGACUCUUACACAACUCAUGGACUUGCGACUUGAAGGCACAUUGCUUGAAGGACCAAUACCAAGCAAUUUUGGUGCUCUGACCAAACUAGACAUCUUGAGAAUUGGUGAUCUUAGCAAGGAAGAUUCUUCUCUUGAUUUUUUGGAAAAUCUAACAAGUUUGUCCAUGCUGUCUUUGAGAAGUUGUCAAGUAUCUGGAAAAAUUCCUGAACAAAUUGGCAAGUUUUCCAAGUUGCAAUACCUAGAUUUGAGAUUCAACAAGUUGAUUGGCUCAAUACCAGACUCAUUUCAAGAUUUUACUGUGUUGCAAUUUCUAUAUCUUGGAAACAAUGACUUGAGUGGAGAAUUACCUACAAGUAUCGUAAGUCCAAAACUUAUUGCACUAGAUGUCUCCUUUAAUCCAAUCUCUGGCAAUUUACCUUCAAAUUUCUCCACAGAAGGAUUUUCACUGAAUGUGCUUGGUACAUCCAUCAAUGCAAAAGGUUUAUCAGACAGUGGGGAACCUGGACUGUUGCAUUGUCUCCAAGGAGACACCAAGUGCACUAACAAACUACCAGCAGUGUCUUCAUUUUCUAUUAAAUGUGGAGGCACAAGCCAGAAAUCUGUGUCUGGGAUCAAAUAUGAUGAUGAUUCUGAAAUAUUGGGAGCUGCUUCAACCUAUAAGAGCUCUAGAAAUCAAUGGGCGGUGAGCAACACAGGAAACUUCCUUUUCAACUCAAAUGGACCUCAAUACAUUGCAAGCACAGAUUCUCAAAUCAAGGGAACAUUAGAGUCUGAGCUGUACAAAACAGCAAGAAUCUCACCAACCUCAUUAAGGUACUAUGGCCUAGAUUUGAAGAACGGAAAAUAUGUCGUCGAGCUUCACUUUGCAGAGUUACAGAUGGAGGACACCGCUUCUUGGAAAGGUCUUGGAAGGCGAUUGUUUGAUGUGUACAUUCAGGGUGAGAGAGUGGUCCAAGACUUGAACAUUCAGAAGGAAGCAGGGGGAUCUAAGAAGGCAUUGAUCAAAAAAUUCGAGACAAACGUGUCGAACACAAUCAUGGACAUCCAUUUCUUGUGGGCUGGAAAAGGCACUUGCUGCAUUCCAUAUCAAGGCACAUAUGGCCCUUUGGUCUCAGCAAUCCAUGUUCAUCAAGUCUCGGGUGCUGAAUCUUCUUCGAGUAGCGAGAGGAAGCGUGUGGGGACGAUUGUGGGAGUGUCACUUGGAUGUGCAGCUGUGAUGAUCAUAAUGUCAUCGGUGUUCUACCUAUGGUGGAUUAAAGAUGAUGCUGAACCCAGACAUGUCAGGAUAGAUGGAAGGGUGCGCAAGACAUGAGCAAAUCAAGUGAGAUAGUGUCACAAAAUGUUGUGUUUGGAUCAAAACUUUGAAACUUUUGAAUUUGUGUGAAUCAAUAAAAUAAAAAACAUGAAGGUACGAUCACGGUGGGACUCGAACCCACAAUCUCCCGCUCCGGAGGCGAGCGCCUUAUCCA